CGAGUUCGACUCUUCGUGUGUCGCGUGUGCGCGUCUCGAGUACGCGGUCGUGCUUUCCGUCCUCGCGUAGUCGUCGUACGAUAUUCACGUAAAAUUUAACGUGUGUGAACGCCGCCGCCGCCGCCGCUCGACUCGUCCUGUGACUCGGAAAACGCUCGUCCUUUUACGUACAUCAUCAUACCGUUGUUUCGCGUAUACGUCGAUAAAGCAUUUUUUUUUUUUUGCGUUACCCGUCUAUUUUUUCGCCGUGGGAUCCGAAUAGUCGCCGCCAAACGCUUUUAGAAUUUCCCGUACCCGGAAAUGUGCUACAUUUAAUCUAAUCGUUUUUCUUUUCGAUAUUCUGUUAUAUAUACUGUCGGAUCGGUAGACUUUGAUGCGUCCCCGUAAUUCCCAUUUGUGGCAUAACAACAAAACUGUUAUAAUAUUAAUCAUAAAAAUAUAAUAUGUCGUGCGUAUCCCUUAAGUAGGUAAAUACCUAAUGGAAAAUGUCUAAUGGUUCUCCAUUUUUGUAUGUUUUACCGAAAGUCGUGUUAAAAUAGAAAACUGUCCCUACUGUCAAUUUUCGAUUAAAUGUUUUUAUGGAUAAUCAAAUUACUCGUCUAACUAUGUAUGUUAAAUAUUAAAUAGAAUAAACUUUCUAUAGUAUGAGAAAAUAAAUAAAUACAGAUCUCUCUCUCUCUCUCAAAAAAAAGUGGCCCAAAAGAAAAGCGAUUUAUAUGUAUUUAAUCGCUAUCAACUGAACGGGAAAAGCGUAAAAAUCUAAAUUUCACAUCGCGUAAGGUCGAAUGCCACGAUCACCGUGACAAUGAGCCAGUGAUAAAGUAAAAGCGUUUCAAAUCAUAUUUUCCUGCGUGUACUGCUGUGUAGUGUCUAAAUAAAUUGUAUAGUAAACGAUUACGAGUAUUUUCCUUUCAAACCAUCGUUUAUUUAUAUAAUAACAUACAGUAUUGCUUGUGUCAAAAUGGUUCUAGUUGAACAAUAUCCACCAAUGACGAUCUUAUACGAUCCAACAAUUAGAAAAGAUUCCACAACCAAUGGUGUUACAUCUCCACAAUUUGCCACUGAACAAGAGUUGUGUCUUAUGUACUUUGAUAAAUGGAGCGAACAGCACCAAAUCGACUUUGUCGAACACCUAUUGGCACGCAUGUGUCAUUACCAACAUGGACACAUCGACACAUAUCUAAAACCUAUGUUACAAAGAGAUUUCAUAUCACUCUUACCCAAAAAAGGCCUAGACCAUGUGGCUGAAAAUAUUUUAUCUUACCUUGAUGCCGAAUCUUUAUAUGCUGCAGAAUUGGUAUGUAAAGAAUGGUAUAGGGUAAUUUCAGAAGGUAUGCUUUGGAAAAAGCUAAUUGAACGAAAAGUACGUACAGAUUCAUUAUGGCGAGGACUUGCUGAACGAAGAGGGUGGAUUCAGUAUUUGUUCAAACCAAAGCCAGGUGAACAUCACCCAGAUCACUUCUCCUACAGGGCUCUGUUUCCUAAAAUUAUACAAGACAUAGAAAGUAUAGAAUCAAAUUGGCGAACUGGCCAUUUUCUAUUACAAAGGAUAAAUUGCCGUUCAGAAAAUUCCAAAGGUGUUUACUGUUUACAGUAUGAUGACAAUAAAAUUGUCUCAGGUUUACGUGAUAAUACCAUUAAAAUAUGGGAUAGAAAUACAUUAGAAUGUGUUAAGGUAUUAACUGGCCAUACCGGGUCAGUUUUAUGUUUGCAAUAUGACGACAAAGUGAUUGUGAGCGGUUCCAGCGAUAGUACAGUUCGUGUUUGGAAUGUUGCUACGGGUGAAAUGGUUAAUACUCUAAUACACCACUGUGAAGCAGUCUUACAUUUAAGGUUUAGCAACAAUAUGAUGGUCACUUGUUCAAAAGAUCGAUCAAUAGCUGUAUGGGAUAUGGUAUCAACUAGUGAAAUGACUUUGCGUCGUGUCUUGGUUGGUCAUCGAGCUGCAGUAAACGUUGUUGAUUUUGAUGAUAAAUACAUUGUAUCAGCUUCUGGAGACCGUACUAUUAAAGUAUGGAAUACAUCAAGCUGUGAGUUUGUGCGUACCCUUAAUGGUCACAAACGUGGUAUUGCUUGUCUUCAAUAUAGAGAUCGAUUAGUAGUUAGUGGAAGUUCUGAUAAUACCAUUAGGUUAUGGGAUAUUGAAUAUGGUGCUUGUUUGAGAGUACUCGAAGGCCACGAAGAACUGGUACGAUGCAUUAGAUUCGAUAGUAAAAGAAUUGUCAGUGGCGCAUAUGAUGGGAAAAUUAAAGUAUGGAAUUUAGUAGCAGCUUUAGAUCCCAGAGCUCCAGCAUCUACUUUAUGUCUACGUACACUUAUGGAGCAUUCGGGACGAGUGUUUCGACUCCAGUUUGACGAGUUCCAAAUAGUCAGCUCUUCACAUGAUGAUACAAUACUUAUUUGGGACUUCCUCAACUAUAAUGAUACAAAUAAUUCAGCAGCGGGUACAUCAAAUAAUGUCUUGCAUGGUGGUUCUAAUGCACACACAAAUGACACCCUUCCUCCUUUACCUCCUGGUUUUGAGUAACCUAAUGGGCUAGUCAUAUGCAAUUGACUGGAUCAAGUUCGUAUAUAAUAAUAAUAUACAGAACUCGUCUUAAAAUAUCACUAAAAGAUGGUAAAACAAUAUUCUAUCACAUCUUGUUCUCAUUUUAUUUAUUUAUAUAUAUGUACAUGUAUAUAACAGUAUAUAUUUAUGUAUGUAUAACAUAAUUAAUAACUACAAAAACGCCCAAAAUAACUGUGCCAAUGUUCAGAUGUUCUCUAUUACCUUUAUUGUAAGAACACGUGAUGUUUCUCAUUUCAAAUACACUAUACUUAUAUAUGCA